AUGGAAGAAAUUUCUUGUAUAUGGAACGAUUUUGAAAAUCAGUGCCAGUGUUCAGAAGAUCUCUGUGAUUCCGUGAAAUGCGAGCGAGAUAUCGACUUGAACCAAUGUUACUGUGACUGGAGCGUGUGUAUAGAACAAACAAAUUCGAGUUACGAUUGCAAAUUCGAAGGGGAUGACUGUAUUUGCAGCGACGGUAAUAAUCCCUAUGAUCCAACACAAGAAGAGGGUGAAAUUGAAGGAGGGAGUGAUUACAUGCUGCAACAUGAUGAAUUUCAAUAUGAUGAUGUAAUAGUUUUGAACUAUGACCACGACAUCGAGCUAAAUGCUAGCAAAGUGUUAGACAUGAUUAACAAGUCAAAAACGUAUGACCUCUCUGACUGGAGUAUGAUUCUCACACCUGAUAUGGAACAAAUACGGCAGUACGGAUAUUCAUUUCGUGAUUUGUUUAUUUCUUGUAGUUUCAACGGACGUGAUUGCUUGACAAAAAAGAAUUUCUAUGAAUUCAUUGAUCCUGAAUUUGGUAAAUGUUUUUCCUUCAAUCAUGAUAAAAGUUCCAACGGAGGAAAAGUAAAAACAGCUUUUUUUGGAAGUGGCUCAGGGUUACGCCUCGUCUUGAAAGGAAACUACUCAGAAUACAUCAACUUAUACAGUCGACAGCUUGGAAUACGGGUGGCAUUUCACGAGCCAGACAUUACUCCUGUAAUGUCACACACUGGCUUCAACAUAAAGUAUAAUGACCAAACUGACAUCGCUUUGAAACUGAUUGACAUCCAUAGGAUUCAGGAGCCAUGGGGAAAAUGUAGAAUCGACUAUUCCGACAUGGAAUUUCAAUUGAGUCAGCAACGGUACACGCAACAA